UAAAACUAAGCGAAAUGACAUUCCGGAAAAUAAAUCUCCGGAAGUCAUUUUAUUAAAGUUAUUCGGGUCAUAACAAACGUGCAAGCGUAAGUAAAAAAUCACAAUGUCAAUAACCAACCUUUGCCAAAGGUUCUCACGGGUGAUGUCGUCCAGUCUGAAAUCAAAUAAACUUUUCACAAAUCCUUCCCCGAUGAUGAAUCUGGCUGUAGAACCUCGGCCAGGAGGUUCCCUAAUUCAACAGAGGUUUGAGACCCUCAAUCAGAUGCACAGGCGGGGAGGCCCCAUCAGGAUGAAGCAGAAGAAACAGAACAAAUACUUAUGUGGCAACGCUUUUCUUAGAGGUGUUGUUUUAAAAUUAGUGAUUAAAAAACCAAAGAAGCCUAAUUCAGCUCAGAGAAAGUGUGUUCGAUUAAAACUAAGCAAUGGAAAAGAGGCCACUGCUUAUAUACCAGGCGAGGGACAUAAUUUACAGGAACACAGUAUAGUGCUUGUCAGAGGGGGCCGACUUCAGGACGUCCCGGGGGUCAGCUUACAAUGUGUCAGAGGAAAGUACGAUUUGGCACAUGUCAAAAAGAAAUGAGUGCUUUUUUAAUACUUGUAAAUAUAUAUGUACAGUACAUGCUAGAAAAUGAUGUGGAAAUGAAUAAAAGACUUAUUUACUU